CAACAGGGAAGAACUUUUAACGCUCCGAAGGCCGGCGGAGGAGACUGUACCCGGCUGUCCUGUCCGAAGAAACGCCGCUUCCUGACGGGGAGAGGAGGGAAGCCCGGCCCCGGCAGUGGGGCGACUUUUCCCGCCCUCUUGGUCCAUGGUGCGCUGGACUCGGCGCGGCGCUCAGGGGCUCUGAUUUCCCUCAGACGCUGACAGGUCAAAGGAUUCAAACGAUACAAUGGACUGGGGAUCACUUCAGGCCAUUUUAGGUGGUGUAAACAAGCAUUCCACCAGUAUUGGGAAGAUAUGGCUGACUGUCCUAUUCAUCUUCCGUAUAAUGAUCCUUGUGGUUGCUGCAGAGGAAGUCUGGGGUGAUGAGCAAGAUGAUUUUGUCUGCAACACUCUGCAGCCAGGAUGUAAAAAUGUCUGCUAUGAUCACUUUUUCCCUGUUUCUCACAUCAGACUCUGGGCCCUUCAGCUGAUUUUUGUCUCCACUCCUGCUCUCUUAGUGGCAAUGCAUGUUGCAUACAGAAGACAUGAAAAGAAAAAGCAGUUCAGAAGGGGAGAACAAAACUGUGAAUAUAAGGACAUAGAAGAAAUAAAGAGACAAAGAUUUCAUAUUGAGGGGCCUCUGUGGUGGACAUACACUACUAGCAUCUUGUUCAGGCUGAUCUUUGAAGCUUCCUUCAUGUAUGCGUUUUACCACAUGUAUCCUGGGUACCACAUGCCUCGCCUGCUCAAAUGUGAUGCUUGGCCUUGUCCCAAUGUUGUGGACUGUUUCGUUUCCCGACCCACUGAAAAGACUGUCUUCACCAUUUUCAUGAUUGCCGUGUCUGCCAUUUGUAUUACUUUAAACGUAGCUGAGUUCUGUUAUUUAGUGGCAAAGUUUUGUGUCAGAAGGUCUAGAAGGGCAGGAACCCCCAGGCAUCACCCCAAUCAUGAGAACAAAGAAGAAAGUAAACAGAAUGAAAUGAACGAGCUCAUCUCUGAUAGCUGCCAGAAUACAGUCACAGGAUUUCCCAGCAGCUAAGAUAACCACACAAGCCUAACACGUACAAUAUGGAAAAAAUAAAUGGCCGUGUUCAUAGGCUGCCCUUGAAAGUGAUUAAACUUAACUAUGCAAUAAUUUAAAUGGAACAAACAUGAGCAUUACGUCAUGUUUGGAUUAGGCACAUGGGCUGUAUUUUUAAAAGGUCAAGGCCAACAUAAAAAUAUAACAAGUAUUAUGGAUUAAAGAAAUAUGUGAUCUUAUGCAUAUCUUUAUAAAAUCAACUCUUAUUUGUUAGAAGUUGAUACUUGUUAGCACCUUCAUACUGAGGUAGAUCCUAAAGCUAAUGGGAAGGGAAUUGGCUGUCUUCCAGAAUAAAUACUAUUAGUAUUACAAGACAGUUUACCACAGCGGUAGCAGUUUUUACCUGUGAACUUGCAUAUAAUUAAAGUAUUUUUUAUAAAGUCUGAGAUUCCAUGUUUCUUCAUGUUAACAUGUAUGAAUGAGUAGUGUCUUUUUUAUUAAUAUUUCUAAAAAACAAACAUGAAUGGUAAUGUCUUCCUUUUAAUAGUGUUGGAGGUGAAUAAUUUUAAGUGUAUAUUUACAUGCUGUAAAUAAAAUACUCUGUUCUACAUACUGCCAGUUAAAAUCAUAUGUAUUAAAAUCCAUUAAUGAUAUAUUCAUUUUUAAUGAGAUACACACUGGUUUCAUGUACUGUAGAAAAUCUCAAUGUAUUUUUUGAGUUUUUAGAUUGCCAUUUUCAAUCUACAAUGGUAGAAAAAUGGUUGGGAAGCUGGUUGAAAAUAAUGUGAAGAAAUUUGUCUCAACCAGUAUGAACAAAAUUCUAGAGCACUGUCUUUCAAAUAAAAGAAAAAUAUUUUUAAA